AGUACUUGAAUACUGUAUCGAGGAUACUGCCCUAGUCAGAGACGGACCUAUGACCAGUUCACACCAUCUUGACCCGGACUCCGUUAUACCAACGAGGGGAGGUUACAGAGUGCCUCUGCUGGUUUGGAGUGGUUGACACUGGAUUCAAAAUGUCUUCCAACGACCAGGCGACCCGUGAAUCAUUCGUGCCAGAACAGGAGACCAGCAGCAUGCAGAAGGCUCCCACCCGCCGGCAAGGGCUCCACGGGUGCUGUAGCUCUCUACUCGGCGGUAUCUACGGCUGCCGCUGGAAGAAGCACGUCCCUCCGCCGAGUACCGCGUGUGAUCUCAUCUGGUUUUUUUUGUUGCUUCUCUUCACCGCCGUCAUCACCAUCUCACUCUACCUCUGGCUGGUCAUCGAGAACGACGAAGCGAACUUUAAUACUUAUCUGCAUAAUAAGACCGGGAUCCGCUUUCGAUGGUACACCCUGAUGUUGAUAUCGACAUCGAUCGCGUUCUCUUACAUUGCUUUACUAUUGGUCCUUUCCCUGUGUCACUCCGUGCUGAAGCUCCAGCUAUACAUGCACCAUGUCAACAGGGUCUUUCUCGUCCUGCUCACCUUGCUGUUUGGAGGCAUCAUGGUCGUGGUUGGUGUGAUGGAAAAACAGGAAUGGCAGCUCGUCCGGCUCUCCCUACAUAUGACCGGGCCAUUCCUGCAGGUGGCAGCCGUAGUCCUAGCUACCAUCUUGACAUGGCUGUUUGUGGUACGAUGGGUCAAACUAACAGUUGCAGCCCUUCGCGCCUUCCUUUUGGUCCUCUACAUAUCCUUCAUGAUGUUCCUCUACCUGUCACCCUUACUCAUAUCAGCUCCCUGUAUUUGCCAUGACAAUGAAGUACCGGUCAAGCCAAAGUUGUUUGCUCACAGAGGGGCUUCUAUGGUAGCUCCAGAAAACACGAUGGCUGCCUUUGAAUAUGCCAUCGAAAAUGGAUGCUAUGGUCUCGAGUCCGACGUUGGCAUCACAUUGGACGGAGUACCCGUCAUGCUUCACGAUACGACACUCGGUAGAACCACGAAUGUUGCCGACGUGUUCCCGGGUCGAGUUGACGAUCCAAUAUGGCGGUUCACCGCGGACGAAGUCAGCCUACUCAGUGCAGGACAGUGGUUUCUGGACCAAGACCCAUACCACCAAGUCAGCAAGCUGACAAAAAAGCAGAAGAGGCAAUACCGGAAGCAGACGGUACCAACUCUCGCCGAGUUCCUCACUUUCGCGAAAUCUCACAAAACCAGGAUCAUGUUCGAUAUCAAAGUUUAUAACGAGAAUGGGACGGUUCUGAAGAAGGUCUUAGAAACAGUCAAGGACUCUAGAAUACCACGGAAAAAUGUUUAUUGGAUUAAGACAGAUAACAAAACCCUGGCGCGGUCCACCCUUGUUGCUAGCACGUUUUCCAGUCCCAGGGUACGGCAUCUCCGAGAUAAUAAAUACUCGGUGAUUAAUGUAAGAUACGAUGUGCUCAAAGAGUCAACUAUCAGGGAAUAUAGUGAGUCGAAUAUCGAGACAAUUAUUUACAUUGUCAACACCGAUUGGCUUUACUCAUUCUACUGGUGUCUCGGCGUCGAUUACGUUACUACAGACAAUGUGGAUGAACUACGGAAAAUGCAGUCUCCGAUAUGGCAUAUUCAACCACUGACGUACCUUAUCAUGUGGGUGACAGUGGACGUGGUGUCUGUACUGUUGGUGAUCAUCAUCUGGUCAACAUAUAUUUACCGUCAGUACAAAUCGAACGUACCACUGGAGUCCAUACCACUCGAACACGCCAAUCUGAACUUUACUAAGGCGAAGCGUUACGUCAUAGAUGACGCGGAUAACUCGUGGAUGGACAGCUUUAAGGAGAGGAAGAGUUUGACAAGACUCUGAACGUGGGUGGCGUGCGAACAACGCCAAUAGUGAAGUUAAGAUCAACUUUACGAUUCUGACUCGAACCCGCCUUUCUGACGCAAAUAAUGGUCCAAAUAUCUUCAAAUUAACUCAGUACAAGAACUCUUUCACAUUGAAUGAAGAGAUACGAUCAUUCUGAUUUGAUGUGUGCUGGAGGGGAGCGGUGGCCUACGACGUGCAAUACGACAUGCAAUACGACUUCAUUAUUACAUUCUGGUACGACAGGUCCCAAUUAGGAUUUCAAGAUUCUAGUGUGGAUAAAUUUUGGUUUUUCGAUUUGAAAAUGCUCUUUAUUGAGGUCAAAGAUGUCACUAGAAGACUGUAAUUCAGUUUUAAAGAUGAGUUGGAGUCGUCAAUAUAAUCUUAAACUCACGUUUAUCAAAUAUCCGUAUGACAUUCAGUGUGACUGAUUCUUAGGGCUUCAAGAGCAACACGUUCCAGAAAAGUUGCAUGAACGACUGCACUAUGGCAUUGUGUAGCUGUAUUUCUAUUUUCCUGACCAGCGAUUAAAUACGAGUGGAAAAUGGAAAAUGGUGUCUGCAGGCUCUACGUUGUAUGUGUUCAGUGCCACAAGCUGUUGUCAGAUUUGCACAUUUCGCAUAUUAAUAUCAGAAUGGUCACAGAGGGUGUUGUAUUUACUACAAAUGGUCAAAAUGUCGGAAAUGUUAUAUGUACUUUCUAUGAAAAGACGUUUUUUUCUACUAUAAUUUUUGUUGUGAAUAGAUUAGCCUGAUGGCGUGACAUACUUGUUCACUCAGCGGAAACACGUGCACCACCGUGACUAAAUAUAGUUCUACAUUGUAUUGCAGCUAUUGUUUCGGUGUCAAGAUGGAGAUGUAGGGGAUUGUUGUAUUGGGAAAUAUUUUUGACUGAAGAAUGCAUCUAAUGAUAGCUGAGGUCGAGAAACUCGGCCGCACAUCGAUGACAUCGUACGUCUACCACGAAUCUGAGCUCAAAUGCAUGGACGCACGAACACUCUCAUCAUGCCACCUCUUUUUUAAAAAACGGUUAUAGUAGUAUUUA